AUUGCGCGUUGUUGCUUUCGACACGUCGGACGUCAAAGUUGUUUUUAAUUCGUGUUUCUGUGGCGGUGGAAACGGAGUUUGUUUUGAAUUUUUGGAUUCGUAGCAAGCAAGUGUGCGAUUAUAAAAUUUAUUUUUCAUAUUAUGUGCUUACGGUUUAACAGUAUCUAAUGGGAAUACUCAAACCCGGUCUACUUUAACGGUUCGGAACUAAUUCUUAACUUCAUCUCUAGUGAGUUUGAGUGCAUUUUGUGCGCGUAAUACAGCGGCAAAAAACAAGUGUUAAUUUUAUGAAGCAGGAAUAUUAGAUAUUAAAGAAUGAAGUGGCACUUAUGUGUAACAAGAAAAUAAUUAUACAACAAUUAAAUUAUUUCCAUAUAAAGUGUGUUGCUAAUCAAGUUAAUCAAACUUCCAAUGAAAAAGUGAAAAAAGUUUGUGAGUACAUGAUUAAUUAAAAAAGUGUUAUAAUAAUAAUAUUAAUGUAAAAAUAAAAGCAAGAGUGUCACUGUGCAGUAAAAAUAAAUAUUAAACUUAAUUAGGCGAAGUGAAUUAAUUGCCGCCAUCCAAGAGUCGCAAGGCUACGAUAACACGUUGAUCACGGCGAUUUAGUUACCAGCAAGUAGUGUAUUUGUUGUUUGUGCCAACUCUGGCUAGGUGAGCGAACUUUUUAACCGAUUCAUGAAAAAGGAUUAAUGCUCUGUUACUUUGGUGUGGAGCACUCAGUAAAAAGCGAGUAAGACGACCAACACCGGCAUUUUAAGUUCCAUUGACAAUAACAACAAAAGUGUGAAAAGUGCAAAAGCAAAAGCAAACACAAAAGAUUAAAUUCCCAUAACUACACGAACGAAAUCAGGCAACUCCAACCGAUCAACACCCGUUUUACUUUUGCUUCAACUUGAACGCAUCAGUAUCUUUCCACAUCACAUCAACAUUUUCGGACAAAAAAGUGUGAAUUUGUUGAGAAAUUGAACCAACCCCCAAAAAAUAAAAAACAAAAUGCUUCCACACAUGCAACGUCGUCGUUUGGGCUCUGUCGGCGAUUCGGCGCCACCAUCGGAAUCCUCCGAGGGUACGAAUUCAUCCGAACAGAAUGAGCUGAUGAUCAAUCCCGACUGGUCGGCACACUCACACACCUCGUCGGUACAUACGCACACAAACACGCACACCACUGCAUCAUCGACGAACAACACGAAUGCAGCAAAUAAUCACAACAGCACAUAUUUCGUUGGCUCCGAUGUGGACGCUGACACGCUAAGCAUCGAUACAACGAGCAACUCAAAUCUCUCCGAAUAUGAACGCGGUCAGGUGGAGAGCUUUUUCGGCGGUUUGGGUACUGACAUUUUCGUCUGCUCAUCGCUGGCCAAUCUGUAUGAAGGCACCGGCAAAGAGGGUGAUUGGCGUCUCGUCUUUACCGGCAUACCAGUCGUUUUACACGAUCGUGGCAGCGCGCGCUCCCGCGCCACAUCACGUGUCACAUUGGUGUUGGCCGAACGUGGCUCAUGUUUUGCACUCUGGUCAGAUCGCAUAGAUAAUUUGUCAAAUUAUCGUUUCGCCGGUCCAUCCUUUCACACGAUGUGCCUCUCAACGAACCAUCAACAGCUGAUUGGCUUCAGUUUCGAUUCAACCGAUUCGGCUUGCGAACUCUACCAUCACAUUGAGAAGCUGGUGAGUGAUCCGGAAAAUAUAGCGCUCUCACUGCCCGGCAAGAAGAAGAAACUAAAGCAGAAGCGUGUCAAGCCAGCGCCAUUGCCGCCCAAAUCGCAAAUCUCGCAACCAUGUCAAUUCCAGCAUGUCACGAGCGUUACGAAGGACGAUACAGAUCGGUACUACAGCAUGCAGGCCUUCGCGCCGCAGUCGCUGAAGCACCGUUGAGCGUAGGUGGGAUGUGAGAAAUGUAAUAGCCAUAACCUUACAUACAUAAUGAGUGUAUGUAUGUAUAGUAUAAGUAAAUUCAUAUAUUAGUGGUAUAAGCAGAUCGUGUGGCGGUCCGUCAAUUCGUGAACUUAGUCGUUAAGUGAAUUUUUAACAAUCCAUCUUUUUAUUACUCAAUAUUAUGUGAAGGAAAUAUGAUAGCGAGCAGCAUAUUCAAACUGUUUGAAAGUAGCCAAAAUCAGUAAGCCGACCUUUGUAUCUUUCUACGCGCCUACAAACCGGACAUUUUGUGUAAUAAAUAAAUAAAUAAAAUAAUUAAAUAUUUGAUAUUUACAUUUGUAUAUGUUAGAUUGAAUUUGCGUGUUGCAUAAGCAUGUUUAUCUGUGAUAUAGACAAAAAUCCAUUUUAUAUACAAGUAUGCUACACGGCAAAAAAGAAUGUGAAGAAAGUAGGUUUUCGUUAAGAAUUUGUUACAAAUAAAUCUUUACAGACAGAUAAAUACACUUAGCAGAAUAAAUAUACUUAGAAACUAAGUAAAAUAACGAUUGAGCUGUACAGCGGCGUGUUUUGGCGACAUGAGCGUCUCCACUGUAUAUCCAGGGUAACCAGUUGUAGUAAAAUCCGUCAUUAUUAAUCUAAGGCAUAAGACACGUUAAAGUUAUAAAAAAGUAGUCACCGUUGUCAAACGUUUUAUAUGUAAGGGUUAGUUAAGUUAAGUGGAAAAAUUAAAAAAAAAAAUAAACAUUUAAACAAAUAAUCAAUAAUAUAUUUUCUAGCACGUUCUAGUUAAUAAUUUUGUUCGAAUACCUAUAGGUCGACUAUUAUUAUUAUUUUUAUUAUUAUUAUUAUUAUUAUUAUUAUUAUUAUUAUUACUAUUAUUAUCGAGUAACUUGCUUUAGUUGCAUUAAAUAAAUUUCAAAUACCGAAAAAAUCAAAACAUUUACAAGAUGCUACACUGUAAUGAAGUGCUAAUGAUAAAGUUUCUAAACUUGUAAAUACUUAUCGACGUAUUUUAAAAUAAUACUAAAAUUAUUCCACCAUAAAUCCGAACACUUUCGGCUAGAACGACCUAUGUUAAGGGUAACAUAUUGAAAAGCUAAUAUUUUCUUGAAGAUUUAGCUCUAAAAAAAUCGAAAAUAUGGUGGAAAAGUGUUAAGAAACUCUAUGUCUGCUUUCAAAACCUUAAAUAAUAUCAUUCUCUAAAAAUGUGAACAGAAAUUCUUUGUAAUAAUUUAUGAAAUUUUAUAAAACUAAAAAUAAAUAGUUAAUAAAACUUCUUAUAUUGAAGAACUACAUCAGAAGCAUAGGUUGAGGAAGAGAGAACAUUUAUUUUGGGGGAUGUUAACCCCAGUCGUUUCACAAUGGGCCUCCCAACGGUCUAGGUGCAUCGUCAAACUCCCACACUACCCACUUACCUAUCUACUACCUACCCACAAUAUUAACCAACUAUUGACAGAGUAUUUAAAAAAAAAAUCAGUAUGAGGACAGAGAUUCCAUGCUUCGUAUUGGAAAAAAUUCAAAAUGACACGCCUCAAAAUUAGAAGAUUACAUAUAUCUACAUGCAUCGUCAGACUUCUACUCUGCCGACUUACCUACCCACAAUACCUACCCACAAUAUUUUAAUAGGAUAUUUGAAAAAAGUCAGUAAUGAAAACAAAAGCUUCGAAACCAUCAAACUAUGAAAAGAAGUGCUACGUUUUGGAAAAAUGUAAAAUGGCACCCCUCAUUAUUAGAAGAUGAUAUAUAGGUGGUCAUAAGUCAGACUCCCAAUCUAACCUCUUGCAUACCCACUACCUACCCAUAAUUUUAACCAAAAUGCCAUGCCUGAAUAUUAGCAGAUUUUAUUUAAGUAAACGUGUAGAACUCGCGAACAUUUGUGUAAUAUUUUCAAAAUUAACUUUCAAAAUUUUCAAGCCAAGUUAGGAAACGUACUUUUAUAUUUAUAUCCCUUAUAAGUCAUUUGACUGCAACUAGGACUAGGGCCUCAAUAAAGUCCUUUUCAGCUUGAUCAGGAAAACUUCAUCGUUGACAACCAGCUGAUUGUAACAAAGUUUGAGAUUUUCGAAGAAACAUUUCUCAACCAAUUACUACCAAAACUGUUUUAAAAAGUACGGCAAGUCCUGUCAUUGUCAUAAGUUCUGUUAGAAGUUGAUUCCAUUAUAAAAAUGAAACUAUAAUACAAU